GAUAUUUACCAGCACUGUUCAACAGCUUGAAAUUAAAUAGAUUUUUGUUUUAUUUUUUCGUAAAUUUGCAUUUCUGUAGAUUAUCAAGUGGAAAUAGACAUAAAAUAUUAGAGUAUGAGUUCAAAGGGCAUUCCAGGCUCUACGCCAACACCCACAGCAGCGCCCGCCAAGCAGAGAACAAUUGUUACACCAUGGAAAUGCACCGCGGAAUUUAAAGAAGCAUACACUCUUAUAUUUGGCAAGAAUGCAACGAGCAAUCAGCAUCGAAUGGCUCUGUCCAUGAUCCGCAUUUGGAAACUGCGACGCGGCAGCCUGUGCCCAGCGGCUGCUCUGGCCACUGCCGUGAUUGUUCGAGCGCAGCUGGACGACAAGAAGGGCGACUUGAAUCUGGACAAAAUCUAUGCGCACGCCAUAAUGCGCUUCUUCAAUUUCAUGUCGUCCACCGUACAAGGCCACAACUGGAGCAGCAUGUACGCAAAGGCUCAGGAGUUGGGACUGCCAUCAUUCGUGGUCGACAUACGGCACAAGUGCUCGCACGGCACGGAAAUGCCACCCGUGUAUCUGUUGAGGGAUGCAGCCGAGAUCUGCUUGCAAUGGCUGCACCACAACUACUGGCUGCCACUGCAGGAUACCCUCUCCGAUCUGGAUGCAGGCAAACUGGAGGCCAAGGACAACAUUAAGUUCAGGCAGAAGAUGGCACACCAGUUGUCCGCCUUCGACCUAGCCCUGGAGUGUCAGAUCAAGAGCGCUCACAGCCUCAAGGCCAUCAAGAAACUGAAGCCAAAAGAGUUCAAUACCAUACGGGCAUAUCUAUCCAAAAAUAAGCUAAAGACGCCCAAGGAGAUUCUUGACACGGUGAUAAAUAAACUAAACGAAUUGGUCAAGCAAACGUCAACUGUUAGGAAUCUGCCCGACGUAUACGUUGCAGAAAUAAUAAGAAUGAAAUAUUUCAUGGGCGUGGGACUGGAAAUAAACGACAAUGAGGAACACAUAAUAGCGGCCACUGAGAGACUCUUCAAACUGAUCGCCAUCCACGGGUUCACCGAAAACCUCUUUCUGGCUCUCGUCCAGCUGACUGAAAAUGUCCAUGAGUCUGAUGAGCGGCGCUUGGGGGCCAGAUAUUGGGCGCUAAAGAUGAUUGAAACCUUCGCAAUGCUGUCCCGCAUGAAGCGCAUGUUCAAGGAGGAACAGGACAAGAAUGACAAGCUGAAGCCAACGGAUUUCACGUCUCUCAACAAGCACGUCGUACCGAAAACUAUUCGCACUCUGCUAGCUCACUCUGGCGUGGAUCCAACGCUCACUCUGAUGUUUGGCAACAGCCCAAAGAAUCCACGGGAUGUGCUCUUUGAGCAUGAGUUCUUCCUGCAGCGUUUUUCGUAUCUAAGUUCAUUCUCAGCACCCAUCCUCCGAAGUUUGAUUCCGCUGGCAGAGACGCCGUUCGAUGUGGAUCCCAUGGAACAGUUUGAUGAGUUUUUCCGCCCCAAAGACCGUCCGCACACCGACCUGGGCAUUUGGACACUUGAGAAAGACACCAAUUGGUCUAAUUGCGCCCUAGGAGUGCUUCCAACGAUAAAAAAGAAAUAAAUAAUAUUAAUAAAA